AUGGAUCUGCUUCGGCGCGCUUAUAGGCGUGUACCUGCAGCCAUGAACACGCCUCAGCUUCCCACCUCAGGCGAGAAGAGACCUCAGCUCAACAGGUUAACAUCGCGACUCGCUUUCUUCAGAAGACCUCUCAGGUUAAAAGGCAAUUCCAGCAUAUCCGUCCCGUUAGGCGUGGUCGUUCUAUUUCCAUGCAUCGUUGUUGUCCUUAUCCUUGUACUAUUUGUUAGGCAUCCCAGCUCUCCAGGGAGGAUAUUGAUGCCUGCUGGCGCACCACCAGCUAUUCGAAAAAUCAGCGAAGAACAUGACAAAGUAUUCGUCUCGGGCUGUCUCGAACCUGAUACUACGAAAGAACGAGUCAAUGGCGCGUUUGUCGUUCUCGCCCGAAAUAAGGAGCUUGAUGGUGUCAUUCAGUCUAUCAAGUCUAUUGAGCGUCAUUUCAACAGAUGGUAUCAUUAUCCCUAUGUCUUCCUGAACGAUGGAGACUUCAACCAGACUUUCAAGGACAUCGUUCGCAACUACACUUCUGCUCCGGUCGAGUUUGGCAAGGUCGGUCCAGAGAUGUGGGGAUACCCAGACUGGAUAGACCCGAAAGUUGCAAAGGAGGGUAUUGCUAAACAAGGAGAUGCCGCUGUGAUGUAUGGUGGCCUGGAGAGUUACCACGCCAUGUGCCGAUUCUACUCUGGAUUUUUCUAUGACCACCCCCUUCUUGCCAAAUACGAAUGGUACUGGCGUUUGGAGCCCGAGAUCAAGUACUUCUGUGAUAUUACUUAUGACCCAUUCCGUAAGAUGAUUGAAUAUAACAAGACUUACGGUUUCACCAUCGCUGUUAAGGAGCUUCGCGAGACUGUCCCCAACAUUUUCCGAUAUGCUUCUGCUUACAAGCGCCUGAACAAUAUCACGUCUCAAGGUCUAUGGGAGAUGUUCGUCGAGCCCAAGCCGGAGAAGCCGGCUCCUCCUGAGGACGACCCUAACUUCAAGCCGCCACUACCUGAGGAAAUUUUGCGAAGCGAUCCCGGCCGAAUGAACUUGCCCGAGAUUGAUCCUGAAGCCAUGGAGGGUGAGAGUUAUAAUAUGUGCCAUUUCUGGUCCAAUUUCGAAAUCGCGAAGCUCAGCUGGUUCCGAAGCAAGGAGUAUAAGGCUUUCUUCGAGAUGAUGGAUCGUAGUGGUGGUUUCUGGAUGGAACGAUGGGGCGAUGCUCCUAUCCAUUCCCUUGCUGCUGGUAUUCUUCUAGCACCUCGCGACAUCCAUUAUUUCCGAGACUUCGGUUACCGACAUACUACUAUCCAACAUUGCCCUGCUAAUGCCCCUGCCCGCCAGCUUCCUCGUGAGCCCUACCUUGAGAAGACAACUGAAGACGAGAGGAAACGAGUCGAAGAAGACGAGUAUUGGGACCAGUGGGAUCCAGAGAAGGAGAACGGUGUUGGUUGCCGUUGCCGCUGCGAUACUGAUAUUGUAGAUGUCGAGGGUAAGGAAGGUUCGUGCUUGGCUGAGUGGGUUGACGUUGCUGGCGGAUGGGCCAGCCCGUAG